CAAAGUUAUAAUGAAUCACACACUUUUCUCAAUAACUAUAAUUUAAAUAAAAGAAGAAUAAUUUUGAUUGCUCAGUACAUAAAAGUGUUAUUUCUUCUUACUUGCUGGAUAAUGUUUUUCAUCACUUUACUAACUACAACUGAAAAAUUAAGUUUCUCUCAACAAAUUGCAUUAGAACAUGAAGAAACAAGGAUAAAUGGAAUGAUAGAAUUUCUGUGACGAUUGAGAGUCCAUUAUUACAAAAUCAGAAAAAUUCUUUGAAUACUACCGAUUCAACUCAUUACGUAUCAGUUUGGAUGGAAUUGAUGAAUUUAGAAAAUGUCGUACAGAAUAUAUCAACAACUUGGAUUAUACUUCUAUUUCCAUCAUAUCCAACAGAAAUGUUCAACAGUCAAAAAGAAAAAAAUAUUUUUUUUCUGGAUCUACCAGAAAGUUUGAAUCAACAUUCUCUUUUGCUGAAAUUGAAAACAAAUACGAAAAAUGCAGUUCCUUUGUUUAUUUCAUACGAUCAAUUUCCAAUAGACACUGAUAAGGGAGUUAUAUAUGGUGCUGUUCUAUUGAUGGGACUCUACAUUCUAAUAAUUUUUGAGAUGAUCAAUAAAACACUUGCAGCUGUGAUUAUUUCAAUUAGUUCUUUGGCAGUUUUGACUAUUUUAAAUCAGAGGCCAUCGAUGGAAGAAAUAUUAACAUGGAUUGAUAUUGAUACCUUAUUACUCUUAUUUUCAAUGAUGUUACUUGUCGCAAUUAUAUCUAACACUGGUAUUUUUGACUUUUUAGCUGUGUAUGCUUAUAAGACUACUAAAGGAGCAGUUUGGCCACUGAUUUGUACACUUUGUUUUUCAACGGCAUUAAUUUCAUCUUGCUUAGAUAAUGUUACCGUUAUUUUAUUAGUAACACCGGUAACAAUUCGACUUUGCAAUGUGAUGAACUUGAAUCCAGUUCCUAUAUUGACAGCAAUGGUAAUCUUUUCUAAUAUUGGUGGCGGUAUGACACCUGUUGGCGACCCCCCAAACGUCAUCAUCGCUUCACAUCAUGAUGUCAUUGAUGCGGGUAUUGACUUCGGAACAUUCACAGCUCACAUGAGCGUCGGGAUAAUUUUAGUACUUAUAGUUAUGUAUGGCCAUUUCAGUUUCAUUUUUAGAAAUCUUGAUAUAUUGCGCCCAAAGAAUACAAAAAACGUGGAGGAUUUGCAAAACAAAAUCAUUCAUUGGCAAAAUUUGGCUAAUACACUUCCUAACAAUAAUAGAGAUGAAAACUUUGUAAAAGAAACCAUUAUAGUAAAAUUAGAACAACUUAAGAAUGAAUCACAAAAGAAAUCAUCCACACAAAACGAAUUAAGAGAUUACGAGACCACUUUGAAAGAAUUGCAGAACAAGUAUCCGAUCAAGAAUAAAAGUUUACUGGUUAAAUCAGGAUUAUCGAUGAUCCUAGUGUUGGUGCUUUUCUUCUUCCACAGUACACCAAAAAACAAUUUAUCGUUGGGAUGGACCGCAUUUUUAGGCGUUUUAUUACUUGCCAUUUUGGCUGACAAUGAAGAUUUUGAAGGCAUAAUUACUAAAGUUGAAUGGAGUACUUUGUUAUUUUUUGCAGCAUUAUUUGUCAUGAUGGAGGCAUUAGCUAAACUCGGCUUCAUAGAUUGGAUUGGUAAACAAGUUGAAAUUGUUGUAAUGUCCGUUAGCGAAGAAUAUAGACUAACAGUUGCAAUCUUACUUAUGUUAUGGGUAUCUGCUAUAAUCGGCGCCCUCUUCGAUAACGUACCACUUACAACAAUGUUGAUAAGGAUUGCUCUUGUAUUAGCAGAAAAUGAAAAUCUUAAAUUACCUCUACAACCUUUAAUAUGGGCACUAGCAUUCGGCGCUUGCUUAGGAGGUAAUGGAACAUUAAUUGGUGCAACUGCUAAUGUAGUCUGCGCUGGAGUAGCUGAACAACAUGGUUAUCAUUUAACAUUCAUGCAAUUUUUCAAGAUGGGCUUUCCCGUAUUGAUUACCAGCAAUAUUACAAUUACACUUUACCUCAUGGUGGCGCACGUAGUGUUUAAUUGGCACUCUUGAGGUGAUACAUUUUCUGAA